GUUUCAUGUAGGUGUUCUUCUGUGGGUAAACCAUAAACAUACGCACUUCAUCGGGCGCUGUGGUGGUCGUAGCUAAGCGACUGCCUGCGGGCGUCGGAAGUAGAUAAUGGGUGUUGCGAUUGGCGGUGUGUGAUGAAAUGGCUCGCACGUUUAGUUACUAAGCGUGCGCACAAUGCUUGUCGGCGGCGGUAUGUCGUCGCCUAAAGUGAGCAAGAAACAUGGCAAGCGUCACCACCACCAUCGAAGACACCACCAUCACGGGCACAGCAGUGUCCUCGCCAGCCUUGAAACGUCUCAGCACCAAAUCCUGGAGAGGGUGAAAAAUGACAGGGUGAUAGUAACUGGCCCGGAUGAAGACCGUCGCCGGAGAACCAUCAUCGUGGAAAGACGCAAGGGCUCCUUUGGAUUUACACUGCAGACGUACGGCAUCCACCACAAGCGAGAUGGAGAAAUUGAACUUAUCACAUACGUAGACUACGUCGAGUAUGACGGGCCAGCAUUCCGUGCUGGGAUGCGUCCAGGAGACGUGAUCCUUUCAAUAAAUGGACAUGACAUGGAGCAUGUGGAUCACAAGAGUCUCGUGCGCUUCAUCCAGGGCUGCGCCUCUACCAUGCGUAUGGUAGUGCUGUUUGAAGACUGUGUCCACAAGGUGGAACUGCACAUCCGGUACCUGCGCCUGCAAAGAGUCCUCCAGGAUAAGAUCACAGAGCUGAAAGGCCUCUGCGAAAAAGAGCAGCAGCUAUUGGAGAGUUGGCGUGAGAAAGGCAUUCACGUGCCGACAGUUGUGGCUUGCAACGGUAUGCAGCAGCCCAGAGACUCCAGUAGCCAAUCUUCUUGGCAGCGUGAAGAUGAUGCUCUGACGUCAGCCACACGCAUCCUGUCUUCGUCUAUGUGGAACAGACACAGCUUCAAGAUCUCUUCUAUGCGCUCUGACCGUAGUUUCAAUCAGCUGGCACCUAUUGUUACAGAAGGGGCGAGUUCAGCGACCUCUACGACGCAUGCAUCACCAGUCUCUCAGCAAAAGCAAUUUGCAACGCUCCCCAAGGCCUCUUCGGCAGCUGCCCGUCGUCAGGCAUCACGCAGCCUUCCGGCCAGCACUGUUCCCACACCCAAGGGGUCCUGGGAUGGGCUCGAGUCGCGCUGUAGCACAGAUUUCUCGCGCUGCACAGGCCUCUCAGAGAGCACGGAUUUUUCUGAAGCCGGCAGCAUUGAGUCGCGUCUUUCACCCUCGCCCCUCUCAGACCAUGAAGACAGAAUACCGCUCGCUGUUCCACUUCCCCCUCCCACGUCUGUUGCGUCCACUGCAAAUUCGAUGCCGCCCAGGGUAGAAGGCUUAGAUCGUGACGAAGUAACGAGACUGUGAAUGUACAUACUUUAAUUUGGCAAGGACUGUCGUAAUGCAGUUUUGUGUCCAGUGACACAAUUAAGGCAAGGCUGUGGUUUUCCGUCAUUUACAGCAAUUGUUUCAGAACUAAUAGUUUUUUUUUUUGCAAUAUUAGUUUUUAGGGUGCUUGCUGAUGGAUUCGUUAUGUAGUUUGGCUUUCUUAUAUGAUGGCUAAUUAUACAAGCAAUUACUAUAACAUAAUUGAAAAGUCACUAUUGGAGAUCAGCUGCCGGCUGUGUAGGGGAUGAAAGUUAUAUCUCUUUACUCAUCCUCCCUAAGCUACUAGCAGUUGAGCGACUACUAUUACUUGGGUGUUUAAAAAUAAUUGAUAUGCGCGAAAUGCAUUGAGACAUGUCUCAGUUUUUUCAAUGAUGUUUGAAUAAGUUGCAUCUUCAACAAUGUCAGUAAUGUAAGGCUGAACCCUGAUGCCUUUUUGAGAAGUCUAGCGACCCAGGUUUUUAGCAUUUGGUUUUGGUCUCUCAAGUAAAAAAUAAUUUUUAGUGAGCAGGCAGUAUGACAAAUGUUCUUAUACAGAGGGAAUGGUGAGAAGUUUACCCAAUUUUCUAGUUCAGCCUAGUCUGGUAACAUAUUUUGGUGUUUGUUUAUUAGCAUUUAUAUGUUAGUCCUUUUUUGUUUUUUUUUUGUCUAUACCAGACUUGUUAAAUAUGAACAAAAUGCUAGUGUGCUGCACGAAUUUCGACCACGAUCUACUUAGUUACUUUAAUGAAUUUGCACCUAUAAAGCAGAGUGCACAUUUUUGUGCCUCUUUCGCAUAGUGCACCUAUGCGCUGUCUGUACAUAAUUAAGGUUGCCAAGUUGCCAACAUAAUGCACAUUAGUAUGGAAAUGUACAAUUAAUAUAGCUGGACUGAUGCUAGUAGUUCAUUUUAUUCAAAUCGGGCUCCUUUUAUGCAGAUGCAUGACUACAUUGUUCACAUUUAACCAUGCAGCUUCCUCUAGACCCCCUUUUUUGUGAUGGAAGGUGCGAAAGUAUAUUAUAAGAAUACAAACACACACUACUAGGAACUAAGAUCUCAAAUGGAAAUCAAAUGUGUAUUGCUGUUCAAUGUUUGUUUACCCUCAUUGCAUGUACAUGUGCUGAUCUCUUCAACAGUACUGCUCACUGACAUCCGUGGCGCAUGUUAAAGUGUCUACGGUUUUAGGAGUAAAUGAUUCUUGAAUUUUUCUCAUAAAGCAUAAUUGUUUUGUUUAUUCCGAUAAAAAAAUUUCAGUGCUGCUUUCUGGCCUACGACACAACUCUGCUAUUUGCUGAAAGGUUUUAUGAUAAUUUGGUUGUUGUUUAUCGACUGUCUCCCGGCCCUUUCUUCCUUUUCCAGCACUUUUCAUUCGAAAAUCCUGGUCUACAGUCAUAAGAGGUGCUCGUUUUUAUAUUUGUUUUAGUCAGCACAAUGCUUAUUUUUGUUCACACCACAUUGUCAGUGGAUCAGCAGCUUCGAGUCACAAUGUAUUUUUUACGCCCGCCUCAAUUAUGCUUUGCCUGAAGUUGUUAAUUUUGUUGAAUGCCGCUAUAGUAUACAAGCUUUACAUAGUCUGUUGAUUGUGAUGUAUAAGAUGGUACAACACUAUAGUUGCCAUGUGCAAGCGGUUAUAGUCCGUCAUGUAGAUGGCGCCUUUUUGAUUGCGCCCCACUUUUGCUCUUAGCUUCUUUGGAAUGAACCACUAAUGGUAUGUCAAUGGAAACGGGGUUGGCAGUUCGCUGCCAGAGCGGCAUUAGUUUUUUUCGUUACUGCUUGUUUUUAAGAAUGCCCACCUUUUUUUUUUAUGAGGUGCUUGCUUACUGAUGUAAGCUUUGGUGGCCCAGUGGCCAACAUGUUACCAUGGCAUUCAUUGCUGCUUCUUAAGCUCGGCCAUCAUCUCGCUAAUCUCGGGGAGAAACAUUUUGUUGCGAAUCAUUAUCGAACAUCAUCGCAUUGCUUUGGAUUAAAUUCAAUGCGCGCACAAAGGAAUAUUUGCUUAGCAGUCAUAUGCCUCCAUUUCAUUCCACAGCUGCCGCUACUGCUAUUAGCAACAAUUGUCAUAUAUCAAUCGUGAAUCGUCAGUUGCAGCAACAUUCGUCAUGUAAAUCAAAAUGUGGGGACUUGACUUUUUUUCUUUUGUUUAUUUUUACUCUGUUCAUCCUGCACGUUGGUCGAUGCAGGGUGAACUCUGGCAGCGCGGGCUCACCAGCAGAAUUGGUACAAAAAGAGAGUUUCACGUCACUGUGGUGUCAUCGAAGGGCCGCUGUUCGGUCCUGCUUCAGCGGUGAAUGGUUGUUUGAGAGAUUAGAGUGUGCGCUUAGGUUUUUAUCAUUUUCUCCCCUGUGAUAUGAGAUGUAUACAUAUCUAUUUACAUAUGAGUUCAUAUUUAUAUUAGGAUUUUUUAAAGGAGCUUAUAUUGUGUGUCAUCUUGUCACAUCUGAUUGGCCACAGUUUCUCUGCAUGACCUUGUUUGUGCUGUGUUGUGACAAGCUGGUGUGAUUUUCUUGGAAUUUUUCAUUGCCCAGCGCAGGUUGCAGUGAUUCCAAUUCACAACGUUGCUUAAUUAUUUGUAUUUUCAUGCGUAUUAUUUAGUGCCUAACUUUCAUGGCUUUUAUACUACUGCUAAAGUGUGCUUGUUUUUGUUUCUUUUUUCCCCCUUUCUACAUUUUUUUUACAUUUGUAUGUGCGGAAGGUAUCUAGUUUUGCAUUGCUAAUAAUGUUCUCCCAGUUGCACUAAAAGCAGUCUCGCAGUUAUUUUGAUGUUACUUCAUGUAAUUUUGUGUCCACAAAUUUAACUGGUGUGGAUUUCGUUGCAAAAGCUGAAUAGCCUCGUAUUGCCCAUCUGCAGCUCGGAAAACUUUUUGACAUUGUGCACACCUAUGCUGACUGCGAAAUUCUCGGCUACAUGCUAGACCACAUAAACUUGCAACUGAAGUAGUGGGUGAGAACUAUUACCCAGUACAGCUGUGCGUCUGUGUUUUCUUCGUCAAUACCAGUUCCGAAGAUGGAACGUCAAAGCUGGGCGGAGAUGGUUGAAGAUAUACCUCACUCAAGGCAAAUGAAAGAGGAAAUCAAAGAAAUGGCUCAUGUAAUGCAAGCAGGAUGCUUACUACUGGCAUUCAGAAUUUAAGCAGGAGGCCAUGGCUGCUUAUUGCAGCUGAAUUUAUGUGAAGUCUGAAUGUGUUGCCACUUAUGGUGGAAUUGUGGUCACAGAUAAUGUGUAUGGUACUCUGCAAUGUGUACUGAUUCUAAGCACAUUUUUUAGCUUUGUUAAUAUAUAUUAAUAAACAAUACUGGAAGAAUGUA